CUGUAGCAGUAAUUGGACUUGUCUGCGCGGGCCGGACUUCGCGCUGCCGGCUGGCUGUGCUUUCUUUCUCCCCUUACCUUUAAGCGGCGCUUUCAUCCCUUCUUUCCCUCUCCCGCUGCGGACCGUCUGGUGGUCGCUGUGAGCCCGCGCGAUCCCCCAGCUCAGACGCGAAGGACGUUUGGUCAGCCUCUUUGUUAAGACUUCAUGUCUGUUUUUUUCCCCAUUCACUGCCCUGAUUAUUUGAGAUCAGCUGACAUGACUGAGGUGAUGAGCGCUCCAUCUAUGGAUGAGAUUGGUCUAAGCCCUCGCAAAGAUGGCCUGUCCUAUCAGAUUUUCCCUGACCCUUCAGACUUUGAUCGCUACUGUAAGCUGAAGGACCGCCUCCCUUCCAUUGUUGUAGAGCCAACAGAAGGAGAUGUGGAGAGCGGGGAGCUGAGAUGGCCGCCAGAGGAGUUCCUGGUCCAGGAUGAUGAUGAUGAAGAAGAAGAAGAAGAAGAAAACUGUGAUGAAGCAAAGAAAGAGAGCCAGGAGCAAUAAAUGGCACUGAUAGUCUUCUGUACUACUUCAAAUGCUGUGUCAUCUUGAGGGGGAGAACCACAACUGUUCUGAAGAGUCUUUUUCUACAAAAGACAUUCAAUUUUGCACCUGCAAGAUAUUAGUUAUUGUUUUUUUUUCAUUUUCUCAAUUGAGAACUGAAGCGUUUGAUGUGACAAUCUCCAGCUGAAACUAAGGAAGAAAGUUGGGCAGGGUAACGGCUGCUCUUCUUAAGGGUCACUGUUGAAUUUUGUAGAGGUUUAUGAGGGGGCAGCAGUGAAAUAGGGCGCUUUAGUGGAGGAUUAGCCAGGCACAUGACCACGUAUGUGUGAGGCAGAAGAAGUGAAAAGACAAGUGUAAAAUGCAGUUGCGUAUUUGAAAGGAAUUGCCUCUGGCUACAAAAGCAUGAGAAUAGUAUUCAUCUCUAAAACUUGCCUUCAAGUAGUGCUUCUGUUUUGCGUGCGUGUGUGUGUGUGUGUUUGGGGGCUGGGAGGCGGGCAGUAUGGUAGCAGGCCACUUCAAUGCUCCAGUGACAUUACACCAUGAGGCAGGUGUGCCUGCUGAAUGGCACAGAGGAGCAGUGGCUCAAUAACUUCUUCUCUCAAGGUCACAUAGUCUGUGUAGAAAUGAAGGUAUUUGGCACUGGCGUGCCAGCCUCGUAGACAAAAACUGUCUUCUCCCUCUCCCUACCACCCUAAUCCUUGAUUAAGUACACAUUCAAACCUUGCAAUGCUGAGUUUUUUCAGAUGGUCCAGCGCCAACUUUUCAAAAUGGCCCUUGCCAUUCUGCAAUAGCCUUGUUGGUAACAAACAAGUUGCAAGGGUGUGAAAAAAUAAAGUUGAGAUCUUGCCAUAAAAAUGACUUAAAAGUAUGCAUUUGCCCUGUAACAGCUGUCAGUUCUCCAGGCCAAUUUCUGGUGGCAGAAUCAUCAACUUUUCUGAUGGCGUUGAGGCGGUCUCAAUCGAUCAUGUGCAAAUGCAAGUUUAAGAAUUUGCUUUAUGAAAGCCAACCAGGCCAUCUAAUAAGGUUGCAGAAACAGCUUUGGAACUUGUGUGAAAGCAGGACAACAAAAGUGAUUAUUGAAGGAAAGCAGGUCUUCUCUUCUAAAACCAAACAAAAGUAUUAUGGUCUCAGUGUUGUGGAGAAAAUAAUGUACUUUUUCAACAUAUCUAUGGAUAUUCUUCAAGGUCUAAAUUCUCAAUAAUAACCUUCACUUUUGUUGUCCUGUUCGACUUUUCCUGAGAGAAGAAGACAAAUUUUCAGGGUAAGCUAAUUUGUAUAUUUCUAGGAGAGCAUCUCUCUGUUUGAUGGAGAAGUCCCUGCUCAGAUGUCACAGGAUUGGCUAGGGAAAUGACCAUUCUGAGCAAGGAAAUGCAGUUGGUUUCCAUCCGUUCUGGAGGAACUACAAUAGAAAACCCCACCAAUGAUGCAUAUUUGUCAUGGCCUUAACAGGAUAGUCAAAUAAUUCCUAGUCUCCCAAUCACCCUUGUUUAUUGGCUCUGAUUUUUUUUUAAAGAAAUCUGUUGGGCCUUUGUGUAAAUAUUUGUAUUUGAUACCUCAUGAGUAGUAAAAACGCUGGUAUUGGGUUAUGGAGUUUGCUUGUUUAAAAAUCAGCAGGAUUAUUUUUCAGUCUUGUCUUGCUUGUGUUUUCAACAUAAUGGCAAUAACUUUUUAACAGCUGUGAGUCACUGUUACAUGUGAGUGUGAGGUUGCAGAUUAUUCCUGUCUGAGUUGUUGAUUUUCUUCUUUUUUAAUAAAGUGUGGGGGAUAUAGUUGGUGUUCUUGCUUUUCUUUUGGCAGCCAAGAACCUGUCACACACGUGCUACCUGUCUUGGUGGACAAUUUUGUCUUCAUUGAAACCUGUCUUGCACCGUUACCUAGCCAAGGUUGCUUUAAAAUCAGUGGAUCCAGAUGUUUUUCAGUCUUAUAUCCCGGAUGCCUGUUCUUGUCCUGCUGUUCAGUAGAAUGAGCUUUUACACCUGCACAUCAGUCUAAAUCUCUUUCAAUAUCCCCCCUCCUCCAGUUACCUUAGUUGCUUUUGAAUUUUGUCCCAUGUUUGAAAUUGUCAAAUGUUACCCACUCAGACAAGCAAACAUCCUUACGCUUAGGAUCAGAGUGGAAAUGCUGUUUGUCUUUAAAUAUUUGCAUAUCCUUUUCAAAAUGCCUCUUUUUUUGUUGUUGCUCGUACGUCUGUUGUUUGAAUGUGUCUGAAGAACAAAGCACUCCUGUUGAACUUCUCCUGUUGUAUAUUACAUUCUAUAUUUCUGUAAUUCUUUUUUGAGCCUCAGGGAAAAAGCUAGCAUUUUUUUUCAAACUACUUUUGUCACUGUGACAGUUGUAAAUAAAGUUUGAAAAUGCUUUCCAAACUCAGGUUUCCUUGUGCUCUUACUUUCCCAUGAUUUUAUUGGCAAACGGCUAUGAAGAAUGGAGGGAUGGUUACUUAGAGGGAUUCUCCACCAUUAAUCCCCAUUCUAAACCAUGUUCUUGCUGUUGAUGUAUUGAUUUACACUGUGUAAUCCACUUUGAGUCUUGGUGAGAAAAACAUAACUAUAAAAUAAAUAUAUAAAAUAAAAAAAUGUGUAUCUCCUAGGUGAUGCACUUUGCUUA